AUGGCGAUUCUUCCUAAUACUUCUACUUGUUUGGAGCUAACUAUGUCGAUCCCAGGCUUACCUUCAUCUUUGUCUAUCCCUUCUUCAGGGGAAGGUGGUGGAGUUUCAAUGAAAGAUUUGGACAUAAAUCAAAUCCCAUCAGGAGGUGAAGAAGAAUGCAUGGAAGAUGAAGAUGAGAGCCCAAAUGGAUUUGGAGGCCCUCCAAGGAAGAAACUCCGUUUAACAAAGGAACAAUCUCGUCUUCUCGAAGAAAGUUUCCGGCAAAACCACACCUUGAACCCUAAACAAAAAGAAGUUUUGGCCAUGCAAUUAAGGCUCAAGCCGAGACAAGUGGAGGUUUGGUUUCAGAACCGUAGAGCAAGGAGCAAGCUGAAGCAAACAGAAAUGGAGUGCGAGUACCUAAAAAGGUGGUUUGGAUCAUUAACAGAACAAAACAGGAGGCUGCAGAAGGAGGUGGAAGAGCUGAGAGCAAUGAAAGUUGGUCCACCAACCGUGCUAUCCCCGCACAAUUGUGAGCCUCUUCCAGCAUCCACCUUGACCAUGUGUCCUAGGUGCGAGCGUGUCACAGCCACCAUUGCUGUCCAGCAAGACAGGGCCGGCCCUACCACCACCACCGCCACCGGCACCACCACUUCGGCCAACCCCACGUUGUCGGCUAAAGUGGGCUUUGUUCGGCCCCGACAUCCUUCCGCAGCUUGCUAG